ACUAGCGCGACGAUCCUUCGGCUCACUCCGCCGAUCUGUCGUGCUUUGGUUCUUCUCGUUGUCGCGCUUUUGACUUUCACGAUAACGUCGCACGGCGGCCUCCCAAAUUCCGCGCGAAUGUGGCGCGUUGGAAGCCACUUUGGGCCAGUUUAGCUCGUCAAAUGCGUCGCAGGUUAGCGAGGCGAGGCGAGCUAAGCUACGCUAAGCCGACCGCCGCGACUGCAAAGUCUUCUUUGUCGUUGCGUGGGAAAAAAGGCUUUGCCGUCUUGAGCAAGGAAGAACCGCAGCGGCGGACGACGACGUCGACUACUGGACGCGCACAUGGACCCGCGCCCAGCAGACGACGUCCCCCGUCACUGGAAAGAUGAAGACGAGGAGCCGCCCUUCGUCAAAGAAGAAGAGCAGGACGUGGACAUCAACCAGGAGGUGAUUUGUGUCAUCGUGAAGAGCGAAGAUGACGAAGAAGAUGAAGGCGCUCGGAGGAGGCCGUGCGAAGUCGCUCCUGGCGGCGAAGAGCACUCCAAAGGCGAUCAACUCUUCAAAUGUUCUCAGUGCGACAAAACCUUUGGCUACAAGAGGAACUUAACGGCGCACCUGAGGAGUCACACGGGGGGCAAAACCUUCGCGUGCUCCUUUUGCGGUCGAGGAUUCCGCCGCAAAGCGCACAUGGUCGCGCACAUGAGAACGCAUACCGGCGAGAAGCCUUUCUCCUGCUCCAUGUGCGACGGCAAAUUCAAUACCAGAUCCACGCUAAACCAGCACCUGAGGACACACACGGGAGAGAAACCUCACACGUGUUCGUUUUGUGGCGAACGAUUCGCCCAAAGGGGCCAAAUGGUGUCGCACACCAGGACCCACACGGGCGAAAAACCGUUCUCAUGUUCCCAGUGCGGCGCCAGUUACAGCCUCCGCUCGGCGUUGGUCCAUCACCUGAGAACGCACACGGGGGAGAGACCCUUCUCCUGCUCCGUCUGCGGGAAGACUUUCUCCAGGAAGAUCACCUUGAAAGAACACACCAGGACGCACACUGGUGAGAAACCUUUCUCAUGCACCGUGUGCGACAUGAGCUUCAGCUACCAAACGACUCUAAUCCGACACGUGAAGACGCACUCCGAUGAGAAACCGUUCUCCUGCUCCGUGUGCGCCAAAAGGUUCAACGCGAAGAGAAGCUUGAAAACACACGUGCGGACACACACGGGAGAGAAACCGUUUGCGUGUUCCGCGUGCAAUAGCAGUUUCAGCUCACAGACAUCUCUGGCCAGACACGCCCAGACACACACGGGGGAAAAACCUUUCAUUUGCUCUGUGUGCGGUCAAACCUUCUCCCAAAAAAGCACCUUAGUGAAGCACACCCGAACUCACACGGGCGAGAAACCCUUUGCGUGCUCGUCCUGCGGCCAAGCCUUUGCCGAAAAGAGCAGCUUGAUGUCGCACAACCGGACGCACACGCACGAGAAGCCGUUUCCCUGCGACGUUUGCGGGGAAAGCUUCGCCCAGAGGGGCAACCUGUUGGCCCACGGCAGGACGCACAGCGGCGAGAAACCCUUCGCUUGCCUGGUUUGUGCCAAAAGGUUCACCAGGAAAAACAGUCUGCUCAUCCACACCAGGCAGCACACGGGAGAGAAACCCUUCGCUUGCCACGGCUGCCGGGAAAAGUUCACGUAUAAGUUCCAGCUCGACAAACACGUCUGCUCGGGGAACAAAACACAUUCUUGAUGCUCCCGCGACCAACUCUAUUGUCCUCGAGGGCAGUGGAACGCGGCCGCGUGGAAAAACUCGACUCGAUCGGCGGUCCGCUCGCCGGCAGCGUUCGGAAGAUGGCUUUGCAAAUGUCAGUAUUUGUCCCCUUCUCAAAUUUGUGCCAUUUCAAUGUCUACGAACACCAGACAAAAGUCAACUCAACAGGAUGCUUUUAAGUGGUAAUUUCAUUUCUUAAGGAAAAAAAAAAACAAUGAAAAGUUACCAAUAAUUGACCCCUCCGUGGAUAUUGCGCAAUCCGCGUCACUGACCAAUCGGAGGCGCGUUUUUGCUCCCGCCAUUUUCUCAGACAACACUGCACGGUCCAGUACGGGUUUAGUUAGCGUUUUAUCGCGUAUUUGGGUUAUUUCACAAAAAAUAUGGUUAAGAGGUGUAGUCACGGACUUUGUAAUAGUGACGACGGGUAUCCCGAAAGGCGAGUCGGUGGGACUUCGAUUCGUACCCUUUCCAAAACCGAAGACCCGGUACGAAAAAUGCCUUCGAUGGAUCAAAGACCGCAUCAUCAACUGAAUCCAUCUAAUAUCAACCGGAACACAUAUGUUUGCACCAAGGUAUGCCCUAUAUUUGAUUUUCAAUACACGUCUCGUAUAAAUGAAUGAGACGUUCUCCGCUAGCAUAACGCCGCUACGUGUGAUCGAUUGACACACUUAUUCUUUGUUGAGCGAUAUUUAGCGAUGAUCGAACUGCACAAACGUGUCGCUUUCUUGCCGGCUCGCGGCCAGAAGCUUAACCAGACUGUGUUUGCACGAAGAUAUGCCCUAAAUUUGAUUUUUAAUCCACGUCUCGUAUAAAUGAAUGAGACGUUCUCCGCUAGCAUAACAUUGCUACGUGUAAACGAUUGAAUGAAAUCAGAAGCCUGGCAUCUCUCUCAGUUCAGAAUGUAUUGUAUUUAGAAUCGAUAAUAUGUCGUUGAUUUGAAUGAAAUCGGAAGCCUGGAGUCUGUCUCAGUUCAGGAUGUAUUGUAUUGUAUUUGCCAUUUUUUACGAAUUGUUUGUCUUACGUCAGCGCACCUGGCGUGACGUGACGUCACUUCAGGGGGCGCGGUUAAGUGCCCUGUACGGAGGGGUCACUUAUGGCUAAUCUCAAUUAUUGGUUCAUUUUGACUGACCACAAGCAAGACUGAUUAUCUCCAGACUCAAGUUGGGCAAAAGGCCUGUAAAGCGCUGCAACCCAAAGCGAUCCCAGAACCGCCGAGAAAUAAAGUCAUGGACUUCUAUCGGCCUGGAAAGGUUUGGAAAAGCCAAGGCCGAAGCUUUGGGAUUCCAGCAAAGCACAGGGAGAGCCAUUAGCCUCGCAUCGAGAAAGCACGGAACAGCGGUAAAGCCGCCCGGGAGUGGCCGGCUUACAAAGGUUACCUCGAGAAAACAGCAGUGACUCAUCCCGGAGGCCACAACAAAGGAUUCAGGACAACUUGGAAAGAACUCCAGGCCGCCCUUGCAUCAGUCAGAGUUCAUGACAAAACAGUCAGAGAAGAGACUGCAUGGCAAACAUGGCAGCCGUGGCAGAGUUUCAAGACCAAAACCGCUCCUGAUCCAAAGGAACGUAAACCUGAAGUGAUCUCACUUUUGCAACAAAAACAGCAGAAUGAUUUCCAAGACUCGUGGGGACGCAUUGCGAGUCGGACUUUCCGGUCUCGUUUCAUCUGCCGUAAAUGUAGCGCAGGGUUUCGGGACAAAAAGAACCUCGUAGCAACGGUCCAACGCGGUGGCAGUAACGUGACGGUCUUCGGGACUCGGACGACUGACGGAACCGGGACGGAACCGCCCUUCGACGGAAAAUCGUAAAGGAGAAUGUUCGGCCAUCGCUUUGUCGCCUCACGCUGAAGCGCGUUGGAUUUCCGCGGCGGGAUAACGAUCCGAAACAAACAAGAAAGAAAGAAAUGAUUUGGAGUCGCCAGGUCAAAGUUCAGACGCAAAAAGGAAAUCCCCCCCCCCCCCCAAAAAAAAAUGCAUCCGGCUGCUUGUGCUCAAAACUUCUCCAUUUUCGCUAAAUUGCGCAAGGAAGGAAAAGUGGGACAAACAUUCUGCACAGAGAUGUCAAACACACAUAAAGCUCGUCGUCGGUUGGUUCCUGCCGAGGAUGCUCCAACCACUUCUUAGGUUUCUUUGCGUUCGGUUGUACGGAUCGGACUCGACGAGAGAAGCGUCUACGGAAGACCUGACAGCUCCCGGAGAGAAUCAGCAGGGCAAAGGAACUGCCUGAAGAGCUCAGAGGCUGAACUGCUGCAAGGAACACAGAAACCGGCUGAGCUCCGCAGAUGAUCUCUAAUUUCUCGACGCGGGUCAACCAGUCGGGCCUGGUUGCAAGAUUUUCAGAGGUUGGAGUUGCCGCGAGACAUCUGAACAGAUGCAGAAGCCCGGAACUGGGCCGCGGGCCUCGACUUUGACACGGCGGCAAAGUAGCGGUUGCUUUUGGUUUUGCGGCGGCAGACGUGCCUGCGCGACGGCCAUGUUGGGGAGGUCGCGGCCCGUCGGAAUUUGCCCCGUCGCUGUUGUGACGAGGCACAAUCGGUACGCGACAAUUUUUGGAAAGAAUUGGACCGUCAGUCGAUUCGGAACCGUAAACACGAGAUCCUGAGGCAGCCUUUUGUUUUUUCAAUGUCCGCGCAGACGCACAUCAGAUCAACUCAUUUUUAUUCUUCUUAUUAUUAAUUUUUUUUUUUAUUACGGUCAUCGACGAGCCUCCUUUUCGUGUGUGCGCACUUGACAAAAAGUUCCCGAAAGUUCGCUUCCUUCGGUUGAGGUCAGUGACGUCACUCAACGCAAAGGCUCCGACUUGUUUGCGACAGGACAAUAAACUCCAAAUUCGGCACAUUUUCUUCUUGCCACGGUCGGAUUUGCUAUUUUAAACACGCUGGCGUCACGUUCCAGAAGAGUCGCUCGGGUUUUACGGUGGCCCGCUCGUGUUCGCUAGCAUCCGAGCUGUUAGCGGCUAACGAGGAAAGGCGGAAGUCGCCCACAAAGGCAACCGGCGGGAGUGCGUCAGGUGAAAAUGUGCACGGUGGGCAUGCUGCGGGGCGCGGCCCUGGAGGAGAUCCUCGCGCUGCUGGAGAAAACCGUCAGCGAGCACUGAGGACGAACUUUACACAACAAGAGAAGGAGAACCGACGACAGCGACGAGUCCUCGACGCUCUUCUCAAUUCGAGCGCGCCGCCCGACGUCCGUAAAGGGGACGCCCCACCCCGGCGUCGUCGUCGUCAAGACUGAGGAAGAUGACGAGGAAGAAGCUCACAGCCGGAGGGGAACGUGGCACCAAAAGCGACAAUGACGACAAAGAAGAAGAAGAAGAAGAAGAAGAAGAAGA